CGAAGAGGAAACGGCUGAAAACUUGACACACAGCAGCACCAACAGCUGUUUAUUUAUAGGCCAUAACACCUGCACGUGAACUAAGACAGCAAGCGCGUGCUGGCCACGUGACGACGGAGCCACAGCCAUGACAGUGCAGCCAGUUACCUGUGGAGAGUGCCAGCUUUGUCCUGGAAGAGGUGCCUUUCACAAGUAUUUAAACCUUUGAGCCCUGAGCAAAUUGGGACCAUUUCUUCAAAACAUGAGGGGAAAAGGCUGUUUCCAUCCCCUCGACCAAAGUGAAAUUACCUGCUUCUGAGGCUGAAACAUAGAAACCAAGGAGUGGUCGCCCACAGUCUGAACCUUCAUUUCCUCGGUACCCAGGGCUUCCACUUCCGAAAAAAGGCGCAAAGGUGGACAAUUGUGGACUGAUGGCCAGAGGGUUACGUUGCUGCUAAAGCCGCAGCUAUACCUACUCAAACUGUUUGACGCCCUUGCUGCAACCGUUUCAAUUCUGGAGCAUCAAAUAAGGACCCAACGACCAAAGGCCCUUUUUCUGCAGCCACAGUGCCUGUCUGGAGAGGGUUAAAAAGAAUAAAAAGGCCUGGCAGCUUGACAUGACAGCUUUCAUACAUGCAAAACAAAGGAAUAACAUAUCUGGAUCAUGCAGCAACUACUAUGUACCCAGAGUCUCUGAUCAGGGACUACUUCCAGGACAUUUCAAGGAAUGUGUACGGAAACCCUCACAGCCACAAUCCCAGCAGCAGAUUGACGCAUGACACAGUGGAGAGGGUCAGAUACAGGGUAUUGCAGCAUUUUAACGCCACCCCUGAGGAGUACUCUGUGAUUUUCACUUCUGGUUGUACAGCCACACUCAAAUUAGUGGCUGAGAGCUUUCCCUGGAGGCCCCAGACUGAGAGCGAAGCGGGGAGUCUCUUCUGCUACCUCACUGACAGCCAUACCUCUGUAGUCGGCAUAAGAGGACUGACUUCUAGCCGGGGGGUAGUUGCCCUGCCUGUCUCGCCGCAGGAAGUGGAAAACAGGGCAAAGGAUGAAGCUCAAGGUGAAGAUGUUAUUUGCCAGACACCGCACCUCUUCUGCUACCCAGCACAGAGCAACUUCUCUGGGAGGAAGUAUCCCCUUAGCCAUGUGAAAGGCAUCCAGGCGAGACGCCUUUACCCAGCGUGUGGCCGCCGUGGCCGCUGGUUUGUGCUGCUUGAUGCAGCAUCUCAUAUCAGCUGUGCCCCUCUAAACCUACAGGAAUGCCCUGCUGAUUUCAUUCCCAUCUCCUUCUAUAAGAUGUUUGGCUUCCCCACAGGUCUGGGGGCCCUUCUUGUCCGUAACAACGCAGCAGGCAUACUAAAAAAGACUUAUUUUGGAGGAGGCACAGCAGCAGCUUACCUUUCUGGAGAAGAUUAUUAUGUGCAGGUGGCAAACAUUUCUGACAGAUUUGAGGAUGGGACUGUAUCUUUUUUGGACAUAAUUGCUCUAAAUCAUGGUUUUGAAGCUCUUUACAGGAUCACAGGGGGCAUGCACAACAUCCAACUGCACACGUUUGGCUUGGCACGCUACACUUACAUGGUGCUGUCAAGUCUUUGCCAUGGCAACGGGCGACCAGUGGCUCAGAUAUACACCGAAGGCCAAUUUGAGAGUCCAAGCACACAGGGCGCAAUCCUAAACUUCAACCUUAAGGAUUCUCACGGACAGAUAAUUGGGUAUUCUCAGGUGGACAGAAUGGCCAGUCUUUACGAUAUCCAUGUGCGCACAGGUUGCUUCUGCAACACCGGGGCCUGUCAGUCUUUCCUCGGGAUCACCAAUCAGCAGAUGAGGAGAAACCUGCAGGCCGGCCACGUCUGUGGAGACUCCAUCGACCUGGUGGACGGCCAGCCGACCGGAUCUGUACGCAUUUCCUUUGGCUACAUGUCGACAUUUGAGGACUGUCAAAAGUUCCUGAACUUUGUUGCCGAGUGCUUUGUGGAGAAACCAGUCACAGUGGACCAAGUGAGACUAGAGAAGUUAAAAACAGCCACAGCAACAUCCCAGAGACUAAAUGAAGAAAUCAAAAUCACUAAUGGGGGGAUAUGUAAAGUAGAUGAGAAGGAGAAGCCUGCAGAAGCAUCAUUGAGGGGAUUUGGACACAGAGACUCACACAGCCACAGAGAGGCUUACACUCUGACCAACAUCUACAUAUAUCCCAUCAAAUCAUGUGGAGCCUAUGAGGUCCACGACUGGCCGGUGGGACCGCUGGGUUUACUGUAUGACAGAAGCUGGAUGGUGGUGAAUGGAAACGGCGUGUGCCUGAGUCAGAAGAGAGAGCCGCGUUUAUGCCUCAUUCGCCCACAAGUCCGCCUGCCCUCAAACAAAUUGCUCCUGCAGGCAUCAGGGAUGGAUACCAUUUCGGUUCCCUUGGAAAACAGCGCUGAAAUGCACACAAGCUAUCGGGAGUGUCAGAGUAAAGUUUGUGGUGACAGGGUGGAGACUGUCGACUGCGGGGAUGAGGCUGCAUCAUGGCUUUCAGAAUUUCUUGGACAGCCAUGCCGCCUGAUAAGACAAAGUCCUGAUUUUACCCGAGACAUGAAGAAGAGGCCCAGUGGAGCUGCCACCUCCACAUCGCUCUCCCUCGUGAAUGAGGCACAGUAUCUCAUGAUCAGCCGUGCCAGUGUGGAGCUCAUUCAGAAACUAAUGAGCAGCAGACAGGACGACUCCGAGGGCGACCAGCUCCUUGACACACAGAAUGUCAUUAGCCGCUUCCGAGCCAAUUUAGUCAUUGCUGGAGUAGAACCAUUUGAGGAGGAUAAUUGGUCACACUUGAUUAUUGGCAACACUCGAUUUGUGGUCGCAGGUCAGUGUAGAAGGUGCCAGAUGAUUGGAGUGGACCAGGAAACCGGAACCAAAACAAAAGAGCCGCUAAUGUCGCUGUCGGCCUUCCGCAAUGGAAAGGUAACUUUUGGCGUGUACUUGACCCAUCAGCAACCAGAGAGCUCCACUACAGCCAGUGUCCUCUCUGUUGGUUCCCUGAUACAACCAGAGCUGCACAGUUCUUGAAGCAGUCAACUGCAUCCUCCUCUUUAUUUAUUUUGGUCCUAAGUAGUCAUUUCAGCACUGCACGUCCUAAAGAUCACAUGCCAGACUCAACGGGGUUUCUAUAGAUCCUGCUCUUUGGUUUGUAUGUGCAGCCAUGGUGGCUUUUGUCCUCUCAAGUGUCUUUUUCACACCAGGGCAUUCAGAUUUCAUUCUAUCCGAAUCUGUUUUGAUGGGAAAUGAAUGAGAUUUCUGAAAUUCUUCCCCAAUGGUUCUGCAAAAUGCGUGCAAUAAAGUGGCUGUAUUAAUUGCAGUUAUAAUUUGAAUGCAUUACUGUUAAUCAAGCCAAAACAUGUCAGGCUUGAUGCAAUAAUCGCCGCUCAUGUUAACCUCCCAGACUAUUCUUCCUCUGUUUAUUCCCGUGGAGGAUUAUAUUGCUAUUUAUUCCAAACACACCACUGCUGUUACUGCUGCCACAAAUCUAAAACAUAUUGCUCCUUGUAAUGGGAAAACAUACCAGACACUCAGUGUAUGCUCUCAACAUGGUGCAGGCUUGGACAUCAGAUGCUCUGCCAGAAAAAGUAAUAACUUGAUGCAGAGAGGAUAGAGACUGUGUAUUUUCUGGAGAGUUGCGUUAGAUAUCUUUGCCACCAGAAAUGAGGUGCUCAGGGUUACGUGCUUGGGCAUGAAGUACAUACGUAUGUGCUCUGCUGAUGUGUCAAGUUCUACGACUAUAUUUGUCCCUUGAUUUUAUUCACCUAUUGUGUAGUUAUAGAAAGCAGAAUUAGGUUCCCGCUGUGUUUGCCAAGGUUUUAUGCUACUUGUAGCAUGCUUGCCAGUAUGCAUGCGCCGACGUCAAACUGCAUAUAGUGUACAAAAUAGGGAUGCACAAUUAAUCGAAAUACUAUCAAAAUUUCAAUAUGGCCAAGUGCAAUAUCUAAAUUACAGAAAUCAUACUCCAGACAUAAGGGAGCGUGCUUGUUUGGUACAGACAAUAGCAAAGAUCAGAUCAUCACUUUCCAUUUUUUUUCAGUGACAAAAUUCAAAAAUUAACCAUUCCCACUGAAAUUGUGAAAUUUAUCGCAAUUGUUGUAUAUUUUGCAAUAAGCACACCGUGAUUUUUUUGCUCUAUACUGGCCUUAGCUGUGGCUGCAGGUAUUAUGUUUUUGUGUGGUUUGUCCAUCCAUGCAUACAUUUGUCCCAUUCUCAUGAACCUCGAGGGAAUUUCUUCAGAUUUAGCACAGACAUUGACUUGGACUCUACAAUGAACUGAUUAGUUUUUUGGUCAAAGAUCACUGUGACCUCACAAAACAUUUUUGGGCCGUAAUUCAAGAACUCACAUUCUUUUUAUGGCAAAAUUUCAUGCAAAUGUCUAAUGGGAUGUAUUGAUGUCUUUUUGUAUCCAAAAGGUCUCAAGUCAGCCUGAUUGGGACAUCAUAAUGUAUUGCAAAAGCACUUUUCUGGACAUUAUCCAAUGUCAUAUAUCAGGAACAGAGAGGGGAGACAUUUGGUCAUGUACUGAAUUGGUGUCACUAAUUUUGGAUACCCAUUUUGAAACUAUUCUGAUUGUAUAAAACCUCUGCUGCUGUGUUGAAGAUGUGUGUUAAGGCAUCUAUGUUUUCACAGACAUGGAUGUAAGUGCAGCUUUACUGGUUUGUAGAGGCAUACAACCGCGGGGCAGUAAUUCUAGUUUUUGCAUAUCGUGCAGCCCCACGUAGAAAUUGCAUGUUUAAACUUGUGGACAGUUUAGAGUAGACAAUGCUGAGAUGUGUCUAUACCGUGUGUCUACAAGGUGUCACACUACCAUGAAGGACUGCUUUAGUGCUCCUCAGCAAUUAUUCAUAUUUAUUCUUCUAAUUACAUAAAAAUGAAUUUCACUCUCAGUAGACUUACAACUCUGCGAUAAUUGAGGCACAUAUUCUCAAAGUAAUUUUAUAAUGUAAAUGUUUUUGUUGCAUUCUCAGAGUCUGUCAGGAUAAUGACAGUAAAUAAAGGCUGAGUGUACCGUA